AUGGACGUGGUGAGGGCAGCUCAACGGCAUGCCAGCUCCAUCGCCGUCCGUGCGGCGGGGCGUGCCAUCAGGUAUCGCGACUUGCUGGGCAGCAGCGAGCAGCUCGCCGCCCAGAUCGUGCACCAGCUGCCCCCAAGGCCGCCCGGCGCCGAGCACGGGCCGCGCAUUGGCAUCUACGCCGAGCCCGGCUUCGGCUACGUGGCAUCCACUUGGGCGGCGUGGAUGGCGGGCGGCGUGGCGGUGCCGCUGGCGGUGUCGCACCCGCCGGCUGAAAUCGAUUACGUAAUCAAGGACGCUGGCGUGUCGUUGGUGCUCGCGCCCGAGUCCAGCGUUUCCAAGCUAGAGGCUACCGUGCACGCGGCAGGCUCCAGCCUGCACGUCCUCGACCCCAGCUUAUUCAGCUCCGCCGUGCCUGACGCUGACGCUGGCCCCAGCGCGGGAUCGCCGGGCCCUGACGAGCAGCGGCAUGCCAGCCACGCGGGCGCCGGCGGUAGCGGGCGCGAGGAGGGCAGCGGCGCGCUGAUCAUCUACACGAGUGGGACCACAGGCCGCCCCAAGGGCGCGCUGCACACCCACGGGAGCCUGUCUGCCCAGGUCGGCUGCCUGGUGGACGCCUGGCGCUGGGCCGCGUCCGACCGCAUCCUGCACGCGCUGCCGCUGCACCACAUCCACGGCAUCGUGAACGCGCUGCACUGCGCGCACGCGGCCGGCGCCUGCGUCGACUUCAUGACCUCGUUCCAGCCCAACGCGGCGUGGCGGCGGCUGCGGGAUGAUGACAUCACCGUUUUGAUGGCGGUGCCCACGAUGUACACCUUCCUGCUGAUGGCCUACGACAAGGCGCCGCCCGACCAGAAGCCGGCCCUGCGGGAAGCCGCGUCGAAGCUGCGGCUCGCGGUCUCGGGGUCCGCGGCGGCGCCGGUGGCGCUGCUGGAGCGGUGGCGGGAGGUGUCGGGGCAGACGCUGCUGGAGCGGUACGGCAUGACUGAGACCGGGAUGAUCCUGUCCAACCCCUACGAGGGCGAGCGGCGCGCCGGGUUUGUGGGCCUGCCGCUGCCCGGCGUGCGCGUCCAGGUGGCACAGGACGCCGACGCGCCCAGCGGCGUUGACCCUGAUCCGUCCUCAGGCGAACCCUUGACCGGCGACCUGCGUGUCGGCGGCCCCUUCCUGUUCAAGGAGUACUGGGGCCGCCCCGAGGCCACCGCAGACGCCUUUGACGCAAAUGGCUUCUUCAAGACGGGGGACGUGGUCGGGCUCGAGGGCCGGCCGCCCUACUUCCGGGUGCGCGGGACCGCCGCCCCCGCCGACAGCCAGCCGAGUCACCAGCUUACGGCACGGUGUGCUGUGCGCGCCGCGGCCGCGAGGUGCCAUCUGCGAGGCGCGCGGCUAGAUGCAGGCCUCUUCCGCGUGGCCGCCAGCCCCGCGCUGCGGCGCAUCAAGCCGAUUCUGGGCCGCGCAAGUGUGGAUAUCAUCAAGUCCAACGCCUUCAAGGUGUCUGCGCUGGAGGUGGAGGGCGCCGUUUUGGAGAGCGACGCAGUGCAGGGGGAGGCCAUCACCGCGCUGGUCGUCCUGAAGGAGGGUGCCACCCUGGGGCCCGAUCCCGCCGCCGUGCUGCGCGCGUUCUGCACCGAGAGGCUCCCCAAGUACAAGGUGCCAAGCGCAUGGCGGCUGCUACAGCAGCCGCUGCCGCGCAACGCGAUGGGAAAGAUCAACAAGAAAGACUUGGUAAGACGCCUGGGUGAUCUCGAGUGA